UAACUUUGUGGAAGUUCCCUGCAGUCCUGGUUCGCUUUGCAGGCGCGUACACCCUCUGCAGUCACAGCUAGUCUUUAUCAUGUAUGACAGCCAUGCUCCGCAGCUUCUCCUGUCUAUAUUCCUCUUCUGUUUCGGAGUGAAGGCGAUGACUGAUCACUCCUGUUAUGACACGGACUUAGUGGACAUGGUGGUCCCCGUGGAGCUCUCUGGAGAGGAGGCUCACCUGCUGCAUGACUCAUCCAGGCGCAGCGCGCGUCGGCGCGGCCAGCGCUCUGUCGAUUCCCGGGGUGGACUAAACUCUGUGGAGGACACCUUGUUUUUCUCUUUACCUGCUUUUGGAAAAGACCUGUACUUACGCCUGAAAAGGGAUGCCGCUUUUCUGUCUGAGGGGUUUGUGGUCGAGGAGAGGGGAGGCGAAACAGACCCCCCUAAAUGGUCGCACCUGGCCAGAGACCAGCUCUGCUUCUACUCGGGAUGGAUUGUCAACCACACCGACUCUUUUGCCUCCCUCAACACCUGCAGUGGUCUGACUGGUCUGGUCUAUACAGGAGAGGACAGUCUCUUCAUACAGCCGGUCAGCAGUUCUUCCGACUCCUUUUCCGGGCUGCAGCACAGGGUUGUCCGACACCGCCGCUCAGCCAAGACCAGCCCUCCUUCUGCCCCUCCCCCUGGAUCCACAGCUGCAGACAAGCAGCCCAAGGACUGCGGCACCAUUCCAGUGAGGAAGAAGAGGCAGAAGGGAGUGGAGGAGGGCCGUAGAAGGAGGAACACCAUCCAUCUGAAUGGGUUGUAUACGGUAGAGACGGUGGUGGUGGCAGACUCAGACAUGGUGCAGUACCACGGGGCAGAGGCCGCACAGAGAUUCCUGCUCACCGUCAUGAACAUGGUGUACAACAUGUUUAACAGCAAGAGUCUGGGCGUCAGAAUCAACAUACGGGUCACCAAGCUGGUCCUGCUCCACAACCGCCCAGACAAGCUGAAAGUGGGCCACCACGGAGAAAGGUCCCUGGAGAGCUUCUGUCAGUGGCAGUGGGAGGAGUACGGCGGCCCCCGUUACUUAGGCAACAAUUACGUGCGGGGCAGGGAUGACAUCCCACCUGUGGACACGGCCGUGCUCGUCACGAGGACUGACUUCUGCGUGCACAAAGACCAGCCCUGUGACACAGUGGGUAUUGCCUAUCUGGGAGGGGCGUGCAGCUCCAAGAGGAAGUGUGUUCUGGCCGAGGACAACGGACUCAACCUGGCCUUCACCAUAGCCCACGAGCUGGGACACAACAUGGGGAUGAGCCACGACGACGACCAUGCUACCUGUACAGGCCACUCCCACAUCAUGUCUGGCGAAUGGGUGAAGGGCCGUAACCCCAGUGACCUGUCAUGGUCCCCCUGCAGCCGUGACGACCUGGAGAAGUUCCUCAGGUCCAAAGCCAGCAGCUGUCUGCUCCACACAGACCCCAGAAGCCGCUACAAGGUCCGCCUGCCACCCAAGCUGCCAGGCAUGCACUACAGUGCAGACGAACAGUGUCAGAUCCUCUUUGGAACCAACGCCACCUUCUGCAAUGACAUGGAGCACCUGAUGUGCGCAGGCCUGUGGUGUUUGGUGGAAGGAGACAAGUCCUGUAAGACCAAGCUGGACCCUCCUCUGGACGGCACAGAGUGUGGAGCUGACAAGUGGUGCCGGGCAGGGGAGUGUGUAAGUAAAAGCCCUAUCCCACAGCAUGUGGAUGGGGACUGGAGCAUCUGGAGUCAGUGGAGCCAGUGCAGUAGAACCUGUGGCACCGGAGCCCAGUUCAGACAGAGGAAAUGUGACAACCCGCCGCCAGGUCCUGGUGGUAGUAACUGUCAGAAGGCCAGUGUGGAACAUAAAGUGUGUGAAGGUCCUCCCUGCCCUAAAGGAACACCCAGCUUCAGAGAGCUGCAGUGUCUCUCCCAUGACCGCCAGGCCGGCAAGAAGAGGAACAGCAUAUGGACCGCAGUCAAUAACGAUGAGAAGCCAUGUGCCCUGUUCUGUUCCCCUGUGGGGAGAGAUGCCCCCAUCCUGGUGGCAGAGAGAGUGAUGGAUGGAACACCAUGUGGACCCUACGAGUCAGACCUGUGUGUCAAUGGCAGGUGUCAGAAAAUCGGCUGCGAUGGCAUCAUCGGCUCGUCAGCCAAGGAGGACCGCUGUGGGGUGUGUAACGGAGACGGACACUCCUGUAAGAUUGUCAAGGGAGACUUCAACCACACCAAGGGCAGGGUCUCCUCUAGCCACUGUAAGAGGGUUUCUACCUGUGUGAUGGCUAAACCAAGGGCUGUCCCCAAGUGUUUCUCAUGUUACAUCGAGGCUGCUGUCAUCCCUGUUGGUGCUAGGAGAAUCAAAGUUGUGGAGGACAAGCCCUCACACAGCUUUCUGGCAAUGAAAGACUCUACCAAGAGGUCCAUCAACAGCGACUGGAAGAUCGAGCUUCCUGGAGAGUUCCAGCUGGCCGGCACUACAGUGCGCUACGUCCGGAGAGGACUCUGGGAGAAAAUGUCCGCCAAGGGACCCACCAAGACCCCGCUGUACCUCAUGGUGCUGUUGUUCCAUGACCAGACCUAUGGGAUACACUAUGAGUACACAGUGUCUCUGAAUGUAACUGAACGUGAUGAUGUCAGUGAGGAGCAGAGAGCACCAGAGCACCUCUACCUUUGGACACACAGCUCCUGGCAAGACUGCAACGUACAGUGUGGAGGAGGUGAGAGGAGAACAGUGGUGUCCUGUAUGAGGCUGGUCAAUAAAAGCAUGACUCUGGUGAAUGACAGCCUCUGCCAACCAGAGAACAGGCCGUUACCCCAAGUACGACGCUGCAACUCACACCCCUGCCAGUACAGGUGGGUGACAGGGGAGUGGGGCCAGUGCUCGGUGACGUGUGGGAAGGGUCUCCAGCUGCGUGAGGUGGGCUGUGUGUACCAGCUGCAGAACGGAUCCCUUAUCCACACACGGGACUUGUACUGCCAGGGGGGCAAACCCCCCGCCCUGCAGGGCUGCGAGGGACGCCACUGCCUCACUGCCUGGGAGGCCUCUGAGUGGUCCAAGUGUUCUUCAGACUGUGGCAGUGGGGUCCGUCGGAGGACAGUGAGGUGCACCAACCCCCAGGGGAACUGUGACCCCCUCUCUCAGCCUGCUGACCAGGAGCCCUGUGAGGACCACUCCAAAUGUUACGAGUGGAAGACUGGGGACUGGUCCAAGUGCUCGUCAUCCUGUGGGAAGGGCCUGCAGUCCAGAGUGGUCCAAUGUAUGCACAGAGUGACAGGUCGCCACGGUAAUGACUGCCCCGUGGUGUUCAGACCACCCACCUACCGGCCCUGUCACCAGGAGGCCUGCAAUGACAAAGUCAACGUCAACACCAUCACCUCCCCCAGAUUAGCUGCUCUGACCUACAAGUGCACAGGAGACCAGUGGACUGUGUACUGCCGUGUGAUCCGAGAGAAGAACCUGUGCCAGGACAUGAGAUGGUACCAGCGCUGCUGCGACACCUGCAGAGACUUCUACGCCAACAAAACACCCCGCAAGAGUUAAUGAUGAAAGCACUCACACACAUACUGUACACAGACAGACACACACACACACUUCACCUAGGGCUACGACUUUAGAUGCUUCUGUAACACUUGACUUAAAGCUUGCGGGUAUAAUGCUUUGUAAGUCGUUAUAAGCAUGAAUGAGCCUUUAUAAUGUGUUAUAAUAAGGCUUAUGAUAUGAUAUGUCUCUCUAUGUAUCAGCAUGUUAACCGACUCAAAAUGUCUGUUAUUUAGCCUGCUUCAGGAGAUGAUACUAAUAUAUUGUAAGGGUCUCGUGGCAGGUCUUUAUGCCGGCAGGCUUUACGUAAAGAGUUACGGAUGCUUUUUCUGAAUUAUUCAUAUUCUUAUUAUUAAUUAUAGGACAUUACAUUUUGGAGAAAAAGUGGAAAUGAGUGCAGAGACCCUUUCAUGUGGGAUCAUAAGCUUGCUGUUGUCAUGAAGACUUGAACACCUUGUUUAACUUGUUUCAUUGCUGUAAACCAAAGCGAGGGACUUCACAGUCUGGGGAGUCUCUCGGUGGGUAGCCUGUCGCGUCAACGUUUGUUGUACAGUGUGAUUUAACAUCAGCGUUAACAUAUGUGAUAACUCUUUAUGUGGAAAGGUCAUUGUUGUCAGAUUGUCUAUAGAUGCUCAGUGAACUAUCAGAACAUGUCUGAUCUUCAAAUGCACACGCUGAAUCUAAUACAGCUAGGGAGGCUGAAUAUGAGUAAAUCUAUGUUACUUGGAGCGGCAGGUAUCCUAGUGGUUAGAGCUUUGGGCCAGUAACUGAAAGGUUGCUGGAUCAAAUCCCUGAGCUGACAAGGUAAAAAUCAGUUGUUCUGCCCCUGAGCAAGGCACUGUUCCCCAGGUCCUGAAGAAGUGGAUGUGGAUUAAGGCAGCCCCCCUCACCUCUCUGAUUGAGGGGUUGGGUUAAAUGCGGAAGACACAUUUCAGUUGAAUACAUUCAGUUGAACAACUGACUAGGUUUCCCCCUUUCCCUUACUUACAUAGAUAGAAUGUAUGUACAUCACAGGAGGCUGGUGAGGGGAGGACUGCUCAUAAUAAUGGCUGGAAUGGAGUGAAUGGAAUGGCAUCAAAUGUUUGAUGUGUUUGAAACCAUUCCAUUUAUUCCGUUCCAUCCGCUAGUAUGAGCCCAUCCUUCCCAAUUAAGGUGCCACCAGCUGCCUGUGACAUACAUACAUUACUUACACACACGUACAUUAAAAGACCUGUAAGGACUUUGUUAUUGCAUGUUAACAGAGGUGCAGUUGACAUGUAAUACAUCUAAAUGGUAGUUGGUACGUAGUCUGAGCAUGUAGAUCUGUAGGGGACUAUCCAGAUAAAGUGGGCCUGUAUAUUCUCUUGUGUUUAGUUCAGCUGGCCCUGUAUUCACCAAGCCACUGGCUGGCCACUCACUAGACUGGGCCAAGAGACCUGGCUCGUGUUCAUUAGGCACCAGAUGGACUGAAACAGGUAGGGACUACUUGAACUUGUUCAAUAAGAAAUGCUCAUUGUCUUUUUUCCGCUGCAACGUUUGAAAACUUUUCCCAUUGUGUGCUUUGAUGAACAUGACCCUGGUUUCUUCUCUUAGGGACAAACCAUAACUUGAUGUCUUGAGAUAACGUGAAUUUCGCAUUGACAUCAAUCCAUAAGCUAAGUCUUGGUUAUACAUUUGAAUCUCAAGUUAGGAUUUGUCCCUUAGUUCCACGAUAGAUUAUAUGUACUUACAUUUUGUUGUUGUUUUUUGUUGAUGUCAUUGUUAUUUUUUGGCGGUUGUUGUUAUUUAAAACUAGCCAGGAGCCGUUAUAAGGUACUGCAGUUCUACAUUGAAAUGAUCAAGCUAACGAUAGGAUAGGCCUAGUUCACUAUUCCCUAGGCUCACCUGAAGGUCUUGGACAGCCCAUGUAGCAUCCGUCUCUCUCCUGAGGAUCCAAUGUUGGAGACAGUGCAGUGGUGGGGGUGUAAUUUAAGAGAAGAUUAGAUGUAUCUUAAGUUACUGUCGUCCUACAGUUAACCACAUACAGUGUAUUCAGUACUGUAUAUGUGAGUGGAAUCCACAACCCAGUAUCGUUAACACCUUGCUCCAUCUACGCUCCAUGAACCAACUGAGCAAUCUGGGUGAAGCAGGUUGCAGCUAUAUUGUUAGGUUCAAUGUAAAACACAAAUCCCUGUAUCAUGUGUGUAUCUGUUGUCCUCCCUUGGUGCUUGGUACAUCAUCAUGACGAUGUACCAAACAUGACGUAAACUAGUCUCUGGUUUCAAACUUCACACUUACUCCAAACCUGGUGUUUGUUAACAUUUCCAUAUAUCAUCAAACUUGAAAUUGGUUUUAACUACUAAACAGUAAUUCAAACACAAUGUGAGGCUUACACCGAUUUCAACAGCUUGCCCUUGUGCAUGAGUGUGGCAAACGUAGACGUCACAAACAUCAACAUGUAAACAUUAAUGGAGGCAGCGUUAUGUUUGCUACAAAAUGAUGGUGCAGUAGAUAACUGACUGUAAAUAAUGUACAGUUAGUUAUCACAGACGUUCUUUAUCCAUAAAUGACGAGGUUUCUCCAGUUGUGUUCACGUUUUACAGAUUAUGACUUAAAGGGGUAAUCUGCAGUUGUGUUCACGUUUUACAGAUUAUGAUUUAAAGGGGUAAUCUGCAGUUGUGUUCACGUUUUACAGAUUAUGAUUUAAAGGGGUAAUCUGCAGUUGUGUUCACAUUUUACAGAUUAUGAUUUAAAGGGGUAAUCUCCAGUUGUGUUCACGUUUUACAGAUUAUGACUUAAAGGGGUAAUCUGCAGUUGUGUUCACGUUUUACAGAUUAUGAUUUAAAGGGUUAAUCUGCAGUUGUGUUCACGUUUUACAGAUUAUGAUUUAAAGGGGUAAUCUCCAGUUGUGUUCACGUUUUACAGAUUAUGAUUUAAAGGGGUAAUCUGCAGUUGUGUUCACGUUUUACAGAUUAUGAUUUAAAGGGGUAAUCUGCAGUUGUGUUCACGUUUUACAGAUUAUGACUUAAAGGGGUAAUCUCCAGUUGUGUUCACGUUUUACAGAUUAUGAUUUAAAGGGGUAAUCUGCAGUUGUGUUCACGUUUUACAGAUUAUGAUUUAAAGGGGUAAUCUCCAGUUGUGGUCACGUUUUACAGAUUAUGACUUAAAGGGGUAAUCUCCAGUUGCUACAUACAUUUUUUGAUUUAUAAAUGAGCUCAGGUCAACUGUCUUACCCCAUCAGAACCCCAAAUGCUUGUUUUACAUGUAAACAAACACUAUGAAGCCUUAAAACAUGGUUAAAACUAUCAACUUCAUAUCAUGGAUGGUCAGUCCUUGCAUCCAUAGCUCGGUCUAUGAAUUUGAUAGUGGUUACAUUUCUCCAGACUUCUUUGAUUGUUUUAACUGCUGAUUGACGCUUUCCAAGUGUAUUACGUAACAUUCAGCACUGUAGUGUAUAUCUAUGGCACUGGCCUAGUUCUCCUGGUUCUUGGAGUUGGCUGAAGCAGAAACAGAUCUAGAGUUACCAGGCUAUGUAGUGUAUAUCUAUGGCACUGGCCUAGUUCUCCUGGUUCUUGGAGUUGGCUGAAGCAGAAACAGAUCUAGAGUUACCAGGCUAUGUAGUGUAUAUCAAUGGCACUGGCCUAGUUCUCCUGGUUCUUGGAGUUGACUGAAGCAGAAACAGAUCUAGUGUUACCAGGCUAUGUAGUGUAUAUCUAUAUUUCUGGCCUGGUUCUUUGUGGUCUAUGGAGACCACCAUGACUAAUCACUUAGCCCCCAGGUAGAGACCCUGUCCCCCAGGUAGAGACCCUGUCCCCCAGGUAGAGACCCUGUCCCCCAGGUAGAGACGCUGUCCCCCAGGUAGAGACGCUGUCCCCGAGGUAGAGACCCUGACCCCCAGGUAGAGACCCUGAGCCCCAGGUAGAGACCCUGUCCCCCAGGUAGAGACACUGACCCCGAGGUCAGGAAGACCCCAGGCAGAGACCUUGGCCCCCAGGUCAGGAAGCCCCCAGGCAGAGACCUUGGCCCCCAGGCAGAGCCCCCAGUAUUGGGAUAAGAGCUGAUAUGGGCCCAGGUCUAAACAGAGAAAACAAACAGCCCAGCUCUCAGAACUCCUGAGUCCCACAUUUCCAACCCUUCAGAGCAGAAACCAUGAAUCAAUCAAACAAUCUAACAUGGUACUGUUUACCUACGUGUUCAGAACACGUAGGACAGAGGACCACCCUGGCGGUACCGUGUGUGUGUUUGCAUGCGUGUGUGUAAUCGAUGUAUGUCUCUGUGGUACGAGCCGUCAGUGGUGAGAUCUUCAUUGAAAAGGUCACACUGUUCACAAUUUGAAGACAGACUUGCAAAGAAAACAUCACUGUUAAAGACAUGCUCCGGUACUUUGGUGAGGGUGGGUGGGCCCAACGGCUCAGUAGAGAGAGAGAGAGAAAGAGAGAGAGAGAGAGAGAG